UAUCUCACCUCAGAAGAUGGAUGACGAAUAUUCUUUGUUCUCCCAGUCUGGUUGGGAUCAUCUAGAAUCUGCGCACGAGGCCUUUGUCAAGACAAACACCAGCACUCAAAUCUAUCAAGCCUCGCUCUAUCACCAACAUCGCUGUCUGGACACGCUUCGAAUGUCUCUCAUCAAUGCAAGUGAAGGUUGCUCGCCACUCAACAGAGGAAUGGUUGAGGUCUGUCUCGACUACCUGCGCCAGUCAAUCCACUGUGGCGCAGAUAUUACUUUAGAGCCGGGUACAUCAGUUACUGAGGUGAAUGGAAAGAAGAUUGUGGGUGCUUCAGGCGUGGGCGUUCCUCGCGUUUGCAAAGACUGGGAACAACUUUGGCGUUGGAUUCGCUCGCAUGCAUAUGAUAUUAUAUAGGC